AUGAUUGGGGAACGUCAGAAUUACUUGGCUAACAUGAUCUCUGCACUGGUAGCUGAGAAACUGGUUCACAAGGGAUGUGACGCGUAUUUGGCCUACGUAAGUGUUUCCGCUUCUGGGGACUCUACUGUAAAGGACAUCAGAACUGUGAGGGAUUUUCCAAACGUAUUUCUUAAGGAGCUACCGGGUUUACCUCUGAACCAGGAAGUGGAGUUUGGGAUUGAACUUUUCUUUGGUACAACUCUGGUGUCUAUUGCUCCCUAUCGAAUGGCACCGAAAGAGCUUACGGAGCUUAAAGCUCAAAAUCAAGAGUUAUUGGAUCAUGGGUUUAUCUGCCCUAGUGUGUCCCCAUGGGGAGACCGAUACUGUCAUGUGGUGUCUGCUAAGGGGUUCGAGUCGAUCCUUGAAAAAUUGAGGCUGUAUUGGAUUGGAAGCAGCCUAAGAAUGUGUUUGAGAUCCACAGCUUUUUGGGGCUGGCAGCUUGAACCUGGAAAGGAGUUCACGGUUUAUAGUGAUGCAUCACAUGUCGGUUUGGGAUAUAUGUUGAUACAGGCUGGUAAGCUGCUUAAGGAUUACGAUUGUACCAUUGAGUACCAUCCUAGAAAGGCAAAUGUGGUAGCUGAUGCAUUGAGCCGUAGGGCUAUAACUGAUCUGAGAGCGAUGUUCGCUCGACUUAGCUUGUUCGAUGAUGGGAGUUUGUUGGCUGAGCUUCAAGUCAAGCCAACUUGGAUCGAGCAGAUCAAUGGGUUGAAGCGAGAGGUUACGAAUUUUGUGGCUAGAUGCCUGACUUGCCAGCAGGUUAAGGCUGAGCAUCGGUUGCUUUCGGGAUUACUGCAGCCGAAUGAUUUGGGCGAGCGACAUGUUCUGGGUCUUGAGUUGGUCUCUGAGACAAAGGAUAAUGUUAGAUUGAUUCGAGAUCGUUUGAAAGCAGCUUCUGACAAGGAGAAAUCUUAUACGAAUUUGAAGAGGCGUGAGAUUAAGUAUUCUGUGGGGGAAUUUGUUUUUCUCAAGGUCUCACCAUGGAAAAAGUUGGAGCUACCUCCGGUGUUAGAUCGUAUCCAUGAUGUGUUUCAUGUCGCUAUGUUGAGGCGUUACCGCUCUGAUCCUACUCAUAUUGUCUUUGUUGAGGAGAUUAAGGUUAGGCCAAACCUGGCCUUUGAGGAGGAGUCUGUUUAG